UAUCUAGUCGUUUUCUAUUCAAAAGUUUAGGGUUAUUUUGUAAUUUGUGAUGCAUUAAUAGGUUUAAAUAUGUGUUUUUUCGAUUAGUGGUAAACAAGGGAUGGUUUGCUACUCACGUAUGUAAAUAAAAAUAUAAACACGUGAUCGUGAAGUAGUUAUUGUUUUGGAUUAUGAGAAUAGCAGUUUUAGGGGCCACGGGGCCUUCUGGGAUUCAGGUUGUGAAAGAAGCUUUACAACGAGGACACGAGGUUAGGGCUAUUGUUCGAAACCCAGAUAAAUUGGUCGAAAAACAUGACAAACUUCAGGUCGUUAAGGCGAACAUUUUUGACCCGGAUACUAUGGUUCCACACCUGAAGGGCCAAGAUGCGGUGUUGUCGUGUCUAGGCUGUAGUCCGAGUUGGUUUAGCAUCUGGAAUAUAACAUUUUACACUGACACCGUAAAACCAGUUGUGACCGCCCUCAGGAGAGCAGACGUUAAGAGAUUCAUCUUUAUGUCGUCAUGGUACACAAAAACUGACAGUCAAGAUCCUUUCUUCAUGACAUGGCUCUUAAAGCCUUUAGUUUUAGGCCAGUCAUUAAAGAACAUGGGUGAAAUGGAAGAUUAUCUUGCCACCGAAUGCCCAGAUAUAGAAUACACGUCCGUCCGUGCGCCACAAUUGUCCAAUUCUGAAACAACAGGUUUGUUAUAUAUCGAGGAUUGGUUAAAGCAUGUAAGCCAGUACAAUUUAAGGAAGGACAAGACGUGGCGUCAUCUGGAAGAUUCAUUUGCUGCAGACGUGACGUUGCUAGAUUUAUGUUAGACGCAGCCGAGAGCGGUAAUUUUAAAAGGAAAUGCAUGGCUAUCGCAUCAGGGUGAACUAAUUCAAAUACAGAAUGUUGGUGACAGUGAACUUUGAUACUAACUGUGACAGUGUAUUUGAAGUGAUAUACUUUUUGUUUUUGUUAUCGGAAUUGUUCGGACAUACCUCGUUCGUAAAGCAAAUAUUGAUGAGCAUUUU